CAACCCAACCCAACCCAACAAUCCGCAGUCAAUAGGCUGUAGACUGUCCCUUGUUCUAAUUUCCCACCUUUCCCAAGAAUUUCACUUCCAAAUUCAGAUCCCAAACACUCUCUUUACAACUAGAAGAUGUUCAAGGUGAUCGGAAAACUUCUGAGCAAAGCUCCAUUUCUGCAGGCUGCUCCAAAACCUAAUUUUAUCUCUUCAUCUGUUCAUGAAUUCCAGUGCAGUAGAGGUUUUUCUACUAAAGUAGGCGCAUAUGUUGGUGACAAGCGAAACAUACUAGACUACCAUCGUAGACAGCUAGCAUCUAAGUACGAGCUGAGAAGAAAGCUGUACAAAGCACUGUGCAGAGAUCCCGAGCUUCCUCUAAGCAUGAAAGACAAAUUUCGCUACAAGCUGGCCAAACUGCCAAGAAACAGUGCCUUCAAUCGACUGAAGAACCGCUGUAUCUUCACAGGGCGUUCUCGAGCUGUGUACGAGAAAUUCCGGAUGUCUCGUAUUGUUUUCCGUGAGUUGGCAUCUCAAGGCCAAUUGCAGGGUGUAAAGAAAGCAUCCUGGUAAACAUCAUAUUUUCCAAUGUAUUGGAACACACCUGCUUUGCUUUUGAGUUUCUCUAAUCAGCAGAGUACAACUGAUCUCUUGUUAUGUCUUCUUUUUCUUUAUCUUCAUUACAAUAGCUUCAUGCUUGGGGUGAUAAAUUUUUAUUGUUGUUUAGUUGAUUAACUAUAGCCACUCUAUUUCAUGGUCCCGGUGAAACAAUUCUUUCUACGAAUGUCAAUGAUGAAAACAGAACAUAAUACGAUGAUACUGAUAAAUAUACAGCUGAAA